GUCGGCGCUCAGCAAGUCCGCGCGAGUCCUGUGCAGUUGUGCGCUCGGUUUUUCUUUCCCCAGCCUGUCAGUCGUUCUCUUCCCCUCUUCUUCUCCUCCUUCUUCUUCUUCGGCUCAUGCGCACAGAGGGCGAAAAAAGUGUUGACCUUGUUUUAAAAAAAAAAGGAAAGGAAAGAAAAGAAAAAAGAAAGAGAAAAAAACUGUCUGCUUCCCCUUCUUCUUCCCCUUCUUCUUCUUCUUUUUUUUUUUUUUUUUUGGAUUACCGGUUGCACAGCAACGGAGACCCGUGAUAAAUCUGGAUGUCGUAGUUAAGGUUUAUCAAAUGAUCCAGGCAUGGAGUCCAAAAGAUACCAAAGUAUUUACGAAGGUAAAGACAGAGAAAACAAAUGGGCCCAGAUGCCAGGAUCUAUGGAGCGGUGCUGCACCACAAAGGAGGAGGAGGGAGCGCUGAUGAACAGUGAUGUUUUGAUGGACAUUGUAAAUGCGAGUAAUGCAUCCAGUGUCCCAGCUCCAAAGUGCAAGGAAAGUGGAGGAAAGAAGGCUGAGAUGCCAAUGCCCCAGCUCAAUCCUGACCGGAAGCUCAGCUUCCCUGCGUAUAAUAACUCCAUCCAUGGUCGCAAGCCAGAAGACUCGAAAGAGCUCUCCAAAACUGUUGCUGAGUCAAUGGGCUUGUACAUGAAUGCUGCCAGGGAUGCUGAAUUUGCCUUUGGCCAGCAGGGACCACCUGCCAGAUGCAAGGGCAGCCCUGGGAGACUGUACCCUCUGUGUGGCAGAGGGAUUGAGGACAAUCAGUCAGGGAUUACUAGGAGCCCUAACAUGAAAGCUCCUCCAACAUCAUUCCCAGCCAUGUCCCAGUUACCAAAUGGUAGUCUUGGUGAGUGUGGCGUAGGCACGGCACUAACACCUUCCAACUUGGCUACAGUUCUGUCCAGCCCUGCUGAAGACUCCAGCAGCAUUUCCAGCCCAAAUGGAAACAACAUUGUGACUUCCACCACCAGUCCCACCUACUUUGGCACUAGCCACCCUUCCCUAGGCAGUCCAGCCAGCCUGGGUCCUGUUGGUUCAGGCCUGGCACCGACUCACCGUGUCAACUCAACCACCUGCAGCCCAGCAGAGUCCAGCACUAUGGGUACUCCACCACUAGCAAGCCCCUUUAACGUGAUGAAGUCACCCAUCUCAAGCCCCCAGAGCAUGGGAAGCGUUAGGACACCACCGUCCUGCAGCACCAACAUGAGGUCAUCUGUGUCCAGCCCCACAGGAAGUAGUGGCAAUUUGAGACCUUCUGGGUCUAGUCCACCCACAGUUGGUUCCAUGGCCAUGUCCAGUCCCAGGAACCCGUCCAGGACCUUUUCUGUGUCAAGCCCUCCCAGUAGUCUCGGCUUGGUUCAGAAUGACAUCCACAGCCCCGAUGGCCAAGAGAAUGACUUUAAAGGCUUCAAGUUCCCUAAAGUGGAGAGCUUGGAUGGGGAAAUAUUUAACGUUGGACUGGACAACAUGGGGAUGGUCAAGUACAUCAAAAAUGAGCCAGACACUGAAUACAGGAGUAUGUGUCUGGGUAACAGCAAUGGCAGUGUGCUGCCUUCCCCAUUUCUAACUCAUAUUAAGACUGAGCCCAACAGGGAAGCGCCUUGCACAAAUGCACACUAUGGGGAACUGCAGCAGCCCAUGGGACUCUUCCCAGCUACCGAGACUACGUACUUGUCCUUGAGGGAUAAUAUUGAUGAAUACAGUCUCUCCGGGAUCCUGGGACCUCCCAUUUCUUCUCUUAAUGGCAACUAUGAGUUUGGUGUAUUUCCAAACAAUGACAUGCCCAAGGGGAUUAAACAGGAGACCAAUGAUGGCAGCUAUUACCAAGAGAAUAAUAACGUGCCCACAUCAGCUAUUGUCGGUGUUAAUUCAGGUGGACAUUCAUUUCAUUACCAGAUCGGAGCUCAAGGAACAAUGUCGUUUUCACGGCAUGACAUGCGGGACCAGUCGAACUCCUUGUUGAAUCUAAUUUCUCCAGUUACAGCGCUAAUGGAGACAUGGAAAACACGCCCAGGCCUGUCUCAGGCUCCACUGUCCGCCUGCGGGGAGGGCUACCCAGCCCCAGGCUGUGUCUCUGACAACAUGGCAAGCGCUCCUCUGAGACACUCAUCCUCGACGACGAAAGUGUGUUUGGUGUGCGGGGACGAGGCGUCCGGGUGCCACUACGGCGUCGUCACCUGCGGGAGCUGCAAAGUCUUCUUCAAGAGAGCGGUGGAAGGUCAGCACAACUACCUGUGCGCUGGAAGGAACGACUGCAUAAUCGACAAAAUCCGACGGAAGAACUGUCCGGCUUGCCGAGUACGAAAGUGUCUGCAGGCAGGGAUGAAUCUUGGAGCACGGAAGUCGAAGAAGCUGGGCAAGCUGAAGAGCGUGAGUGAGGACUCAUCUCUUCAGAAUUCAGAGAAGGAGCUGAGCUCGAACAUGGCUCUGGUUCCUCACGGUGCCUCUGUGGCUCCCUUCCUCUCACCGUCUGUAUGCAGCGUGCUGGAGCUCAUCGAGCCUGAGGUGGCGUUUGCAGGUUAUGAUAACACGCAGCCUGACACCACCGAUCACCUCCUCACCAGCCUCAACAAACUCGCUGGCAAGCAGAUGGUGCGUGUUGUCAAGUGGGCCAAAGUACUUCCAGGUUUCCGCACAUUGCCCAUCGAGGACCAAAUCAUGCUGAUCCAGUACUCGUGGAUGUGUCUCUCCUCGUUCUCACUCAGCUGGAGAUCCUAUAAACACACCAACGCCCAGAUGCUCUACUUCGCCCCGGACCUCGUCUUCAACGAGGAGCGCAUGCACCAGUCGGCCAUGUACGAUCUGUGUGUGAGCAUGAAGCAGGUCAGUCAGGAGUUUGUCCGUCUGCAGCUCACCUACGAGGAGUUCCUGGCCAUGAAGGUCCUGCUGCUCCUCAGCACAGUGCCCAAGGAUGGCCUGAAGAACCAGGCUGCGUUUGAGGAGAUGAGGGUGAACUACAUCAAGGAGCUGCGGCGUUCUGUGGGCAAAGCAACAAACAACUCGGGACAGACGUGGCAGCGCUUCUUCCAGCUCACCAAGCUACUGGACGCCAUGCAUGAUCUGGUGGGAAACUUGUUGGACUUCUGCUUCUACACCUUCCGCGAGUCUCAGGCUCUGAAGGUGGAGUUUCCGGAGAUGCUGGUGGAGAUCAUCAGCGACCAGAUACCAAAGGUGGAGUCGGGCCUCACACACGUCCUUUACUUUCACAAGAAGUGACUGGAGAUGGGGGAAGGAAAAAAAAAGCGAUGAAGAGACAAAGGAAUGACUGAGAAGCAGAAGAGAGGACACUAAAACCCUCAGAAAGAAAGAAAGCAAGACAAGGAGAAAGAAGGCCACGUGGGCCAGGCCAGCUUGCUAUGCACAACGUCAGGCACGAGCGGAGGCUCAGAUGUACGUACGCCAACCUAUACCCCACCCCAUCCCCCCGCGCAGGGACGCACGCAGAGAGAGUCGAGUUGUCUGUAGCCAGACAGUGAACUUUAGAGUUCAUUUCUCCUUGCCCCCAAAGACAAAUGCUGACUAUCUAUGGAUAUGAAGCCAUAUGUUUCUUUGGUAAAGCUGUAGUGCACAGGUACAAUUGUAUAAAUAAAUAAUACUAAAACACAGUUGUAUACGGAGACACGGUAACGUCCUUGCCUCUACACUCCACAUACAGCAAUGAAAUCCUGAGGCAUUUAUAUUAUUUCACUCAUCUCAACACUACACGUACUUACUCUUUGGAUUUACAAUUUACAGAAAAAAAUAUAUAUCUAUAUAUAAAUAAAUACUGUCUAUAGUAUAUUUCUGUAGCAACUGUAUCAUUAACAGGUUUUAUUUAUUAUUUUACAAAAGAUAAUAAAGAGGCAAAGCAAGGACA